AUGCUCGAAUAUCAGAGUGAAGACUGCUCUUCACGCAAUGUGAUGCUAGCGUCGAGUCUUUUCUGCAGCUGCGGAACUCCUUUCGUGGAUAAGUAUAGACAUCUCAUACACCCAAACGAUGAUGUACACAUAUGCACGUCUAAUGGAUGCAAUAAAGCUUUCCUCAACUUCCAAAGCCUCAGAGGACACGCCAGUGUUGCGCAUGACAUUGAAGUAGGAUCUGAAGUGGAAUUCUACACCCAGACUGGUGAUACUGCCGUCCAGUUUGGUGACGUUCAGCGCAUACUGCAAGAUCCCGCCAGCGACUCGGCACAAGACGAACUUGAUGAACCCGAAGAGGAAGACAUUAAUAUGAGCACUGAUCCAGCCACCGACACGAAGCCAAAACGUCUGCCUAACGCUGAAAGGUCCAAGGCGGCGAAGGAUACAUAUCGCAAUCGGCAGCAACCUGACGACCUCGAAGAGCUUAUGUGA